CGACAAGCAUGACGACUGUGUUGACCGUUAUCCUCUUGAUCGUAUCUCUUGUGCCAACAAGUGGUGACAACCACUUAGAGGAUUACCUUGCCAAUGACCAUAAAGACCUUAUGACAGUGACGUUAUCUCCAAAAGCUUUGAUGCUUCUCAAGAAAAAGACGCACCUUAUCGAAGACGCUGUAAGAUCUAUUCGUUUUCCAGAUAUAAGCGAGAAGGAUGGAUCUUGGAGAGUCUAUGCAGAUGAAAUUCAUUUUAAAAAGUUCUCAGUCGUGAAUGAUAUCUCUUUUGAGGAUGGGAACGGCCUGCGUUUGUACCUAGGCGGCAUUGUCUACAAUAUUGGCGCCCGAAUUAAGGUAAAGCAUACUCUUGGGCAGGCGACAGAAAGAUUUGAAUUUUACUCGUACAACGCAAAUAUGCGCGUUACUCUGGGAUGGAAUGACUUCAACAUUGUGCCUUCAACAAAUGUGAAUCUGAAUUUGAAAAUAGAAUGGCCAAAAGUGUGGUAUUAUGCGAUGCUACCCUCAUCACUAAAGAACAAAAUUCGGAAUAUGAUUAACGACCUUGGCGAAAAGAUAAUUAGAGAUCAAGUGAACAAGGUAAUAACCAACAACCUGAAUCCUCGCUUGCAAGGAUUCAAACAGCGCUUAAAGGAUAUGGCCUUCUUCAAAAUCAUUGAAUUUGAUAAAAUCGCUGUGGAUUGGUGUGUGCAGAAACAGUACCUGCGUGCUGCUUUAAUUUCAAAGAGCUCUAAGCCCGUCUCGGAAGUGGUUCCAAUCGAUAAAAUGCUAUGCAUUGAUGCAAACUUGGGUGAUCUCUUCGCAGCCCUCCCUUAUUCAAUAAAAUGGCAUGCAUUGAUGCAGACUUGCGCGGAAUUCUAUUGGCAUCCCUGCCCCCUGAAAAGGAUGAUCAUGGCGGUGAGAACGCAGUCAGCCAAUUUGGAAUACGACUGUGUUGCACCGGAAUUCAUGUGUGAGGGGCUUCAUUGUCGAUUCUGUUCCGAUUUGGAAAGUACAACAGGAACCAACACUACAUCUGACAUAUUCCAUAACAAAAAUCAAACGGAAACCGAAGUGCAGCCAUUCAGCGAAAUGUUUUCUGUUGGUGGCAAUUUACUAAAAAUUCUAUCCGCGGCACUCUCAGACGAAAAAGCUAUUAUUGCUACACAAGAGCAGGGAGAUGAAAAGUACUUGAACUGUUUUGCGCCAAGAGCUUUGUGCAAUGGAGCAGACUGCCAAUUCUUCUUCAAUGUGGACGUUGUUUCAACACCAAAAUAUUUUGGCGAUUUUUUUAAGUGCUUUUCAUAUGAGUGA